GGAACCGACGACUGUCUGUUUCAGACGUUCAAAAUUACCAAAAUGUGCCUAAACUGUCAAGUUGUUCGAGCAAAAUGUCUGCAUAUUUCUGGGACGAUCCUGAGUUAGUUCUCUAUAUAAUCAUUGCCCUGUUGGUCGUGGACAAUCUUUGGGCUGUCUAUCUGAUGAUCCGUGAAAUAAUCGCUGUCCACGAAGUGGAAAAGGUGCCCGCAGUGAUUAGUCCCUAUCUGCCGCAGGAUUUGUUCAACAAGAUGCGCUCGUAUAAGAUACACAAGAGCUGGUUCACCGUUGUCAACACACUGCUCAUAGUGGUAUUCAGUGGGAUUAUGGAGCUGUUCUUUGGCUUCUAUCCAUGGCUCUGGAAUGUGGCGACAAAAUGCUCCUUGGCCAAGUGGAUGGAGCACGAGGCCUGCGUUUCCAUAUUCUUUGUGCUCCUGCUGUCCAUCUACAUGACCCUGAAGGCAUUCCCGGGCAUGCUCUAUGAGAAGAUGUGCAUUUCGGCCCUGCAAAAGCGAAAGAAUCCGCCGUGGGCGCGUCGGAUUUGCCGUGAGAUCAUCGACACCAUUCUGGCCGUAAUCUUCAUGGGUGUGAUGGUGGUUUCGUUGGUGUUCAUGGUCCUCUGGCUGGAAGAGUACACCGCCGUGGGACUCUACCUGCAGUCACUUUUGCUCACGGUGGUACUCAUUCUCCUGGUGCCCGUCCUGAUCGAUCCGUUUGUGGGCAAGCGGGUUCCACUGCAGAACUCGGAAUUGCUCUCUGACCUGCAGCAUCUCACGGAUAUUGUGGAGUUUCCCAUGCAUCAGGUGCACAUUAUCCGGGUGAACGAUCCCAAUACGCCCAGCAAUGCCUUCUUCUACGGCAGCUGCUGCCUGAAGAGGAUCGUGAUCUUUGACACUCUACUGCUCAACAGGGGCCUGAGGGAUUUGUCAUCGCUGGCACCGGAGGAUGUGGGCAAGGGUCUGCGCGACUCUCAGGUGGUUGCCGUUGUGGCACACGAACUGGGCCAUUGGGUCCAUGGGCAUUUCUACAAAGCGAUCUUCAUGUUCCAGUUCCACAUGGUCCUGAUGCUGUGCCUCUUUCACGUGCUCUAUUUCCAUGGACCCAUCUACCAGGCAGUGGGCUUCGAGGCGGGUCUGCAGCCCAUCGUGGUGGGCUUCCUCAUCGUCUUCGGAUUCGUCAUGACGCCCUACAUGACGCUGGCCAACUUCUGCAUGCUCUCCGCGACGCGACACUUUGAGUAUCAGGCGGACAGCUUCGCCUGGGAGAUGGGCUUCGCCAAGGAUCUGCGCCUGGCCCUGCUGAAGCUGUACGCGGACAACCUAGCGUUUCCCAUCUCGGACCCCUGCUACUCCAGUUGGAAUCACACGCAUCCCACGAUGCUGGAUCGACUCAAUCGAUUGGAAAAGCUGCAGCAAAGGAGUUCAACUUGAUCUUAGCUUUAUUUAGUUGUGACUUUUACCCAAUCACAGUAGGUUCUGAUUUAUAAUAAUGCUCCAAUAGCCCCACCCCAAUAUUGUUAU